CAUCAAUGUCCUGAAAUCCAACACACAUGCUCCUCCCACUCCAGCCCACACGAAAACAUCUCGGUCUCACUGACUUGCUACUUCAUUCACCAAACACAAAAGAUAAGAAUAUGGUUGAUUCUUGCAAUACUACAACACGCUCAGCAGGAACUGUAGAGGUGGUAGAAGAGUUAAAGAAACUGUCAGAUAUAGGAUUCCCAAUAAUGGCCAUGAGUUUGGUGGGCUACCUCAGAAAUAUGAUUUUGGUUGUAUGUAUGGGGAAGCUUGGAAGUCUGGAGCUUGCAGGCGGUGCACUAGCCAUUGGCUUCACCAACAUCAGUGGUUACUCAGUUCUGUCGGGUCUAGCCAUGGGAAUGGAACCACUAUGCAGCCAGGCUUUUGGUUCUCAUAAUAUAUCAGUUUUAAACAUUACUCUAAGGAGAACAAUAAUAAUGCUAUUAACAGCUUCACUACCAAUUGGGUUUUUAUGGUUUAACCUUGAGCCUCUCAUGAUUAUGCUUCAUCAAGACAUAGACAUAACUCGUGUUGCGAGCCUCUAUUGCCGGUUUGCAAUCCCAGAUCUGAUUGCCAACAGUUUCCUUCAUCCGCUUCGUAUUUAUCUACGUAGUAAAGGGACAAGCUGGCCACUGAUGUGGUGCACUCUGCUUGCUGUUCUGCUGAAUGUCCCCAUAGCCAUCCUUCUAUCUUUUAAACUUCAUCUAGGUGUUCCGGGGUUAGCUGUUGCCACCUUCAUCACUGACUUUAAUGCUGUUUUCUUCCUUCUCGUUUACAUUUUCUACAAAAAUUACAACAAAGAGCCAAGAUGUGAACCUUUACUUUCACCAAGUUCUCCAGAUUCAAAAAUUUCAUUAGGAGAGGAAUGGGGAACUCUACUUAGAAUUUCUUUGCCAAGUUGUCUAGGUGUCUGCCUCGAAUGGUGGUGGUAUGAGCUCAUGACCCUUCUUGCGGGUUACCUUGAAAGACCACAAGUUACACUAGCAACCUCAGCUGUAGUGAUACAAACAACUUCCCUCAUGUACACCUUACCUACUGCUCUCAGUGCAUCGGUGUCAACACGAGUAGGCCAUGAGCUUGGAGCAGGUCUUCCUAAAAAGGCGUGUUUGACAUCUAAGUUAGCGAUAGCUUUAGCUCUAUCAAGCUCAAUUUUUGGUCUUCUAUGGACUAUACUUGGCAGGAAAAUAUGGGCAAGUCUAUUCACAGAUGAUGAUAAGGUCUUAGAACUUACAACAGCAGUACUCCCCAUUAUAGGACUCUGUGAACUCGCUAAUUGCCCACAAACUACAGCUUGUGGAAUUCUACGUGGAAGUGCAAGACCUAGUAUUGGUGCAUUAAUCAAUUUCUACUCAUUUUACAUAGUCGGCACACCAAUCGCCAUAGUUUUAGGCUUCGUUCUAAAACUAGGAUAUUCGGGCCUUUGCUAUGGUCUUCUAGCAGCUCAAGUGGUUUGUGCUGUCUCAAUUCUAACAGCAAUAUACAAGACAAAUUGGGAAAAAGAGUCCUUCAAGGCUAUGGACCUAAUGGGAUGUGCACCAGCAGGAAAAAACCGAGCAUGUUAUGAUGAUGAACCUGGAUAUCUAGCAGUUGUAGCUUGUCUCAAGUGAAAAACUCGAGGGUCUGACAAUCAUUAUAGUUUAAAUAUUUUGGAGUUUAUUUAUCCCAAUAUAAUCUAUUGCAAGUAAUUCAUUAAUGUAGCAUGAACAAAUGAGAUGAAAAUGGUAAAAGAAAAAAGAAAAACGAUCCUUCCAUUUUAGUGUACGA